AGAUAGAGUUUCAUUAUCCACUUUAGCCUGCAGCUCAAGCAUCUAAAACCCAGACAGUGAAAGGGAAUCAACCAAUCAACAUUUUCAUAUAUGUACACACAAACACCUUAUGUAGCUUCCAAGGAAACCAAAAAACAAAAAAACAAAAACUAGCUAUGAACACAGAAUGGGAAAUGGAUUUGGAUCGAAAGCAAACGUUUUUCAAAUGCACAAAGUGGCAGUUUGAAGACACACUCGAUCCCAUAAACUGCCCUUUCCACUACUUCUGCGACAGCCUCUACCCCGGAGACUACCCUGAAAUCAUCGACGUUCUAGUUUUCUUCUUCGUCACGUUUUCUUACUUGACGACGUUACUCGCCGUCUUAAGGAAAGUACUAUCAAGAACAAGAAGAGGAGGAGAAGACGAUGGUGUCGAUGAUGAUGAUAAUGAUAAAGCGAAAAGGUACUUACUCCUAUCAGGUCCAAUCUCUCUUCCUCUGAUCCUCCUGAUCCUCGCAAAAGGUCAAAGAAUCAACACCCUUUUCCCCAUUUCCAUCUUCGGACCAGCGAUCCUGCAGCUAGUCCAGCUCUCUGUGCUUAUAUUCGAGAACAACAUCGAAAAAGAAGCGAGCUUCGUCUUCUUCGAAGCCUCAACUAUCUCCGGUGUUCUCCACGCGAGUCUCUACUUAGACGCCGUGAUUCUCCCUUACUACACAGGAUACGAUGCUCUGGUGACUUCGACGUUCUCCGGAGUCUGCAAGUCUUGCAUCUGCAAGAAAGAGCCGUUGACGGUGGGUGGGAAGAUCGUUGCUUACAGGGGAUGGUCUAGCACGUCGUUUUUGUUGGUUGGUGUGUUGUGUUUGAGGAUUAUAUGCAAAUUAUGCAGAGAAGAAGCAAAGAGGAAGAAAGUUUUUGUGAUUAAGAAUGCGGUGGAAGGGUUGGCGUGGGUUGUUCUGAUACGAGAUUGCGUGUACUUGGCGGUUAUGUCUCCUGUUGAAGAGCCGGUCUUGUUUAGGGUGUAUGUGUUUGGUUCUGUUCUCAUGUUGAUAUGUGUUCAUGUAAUCACACAAGUGUGUUGUUUGGUUAGAUGGAGGCAGAGUAAAAAGACAACAAACACUUGACCAUUUCAAAAUU